AAAUUUAGGAUUGUCUCAACCACCCACGCCUCAUCUAGAGUUGACACGCGCCAUGUACUGGACGAUUGGCCGCUGGAGACGACGCACGCUCGGCCAUGGCGCUCGCUCUCCUAUCCCCCUCCACGCCAUCCCAUCGUAUACUGCUUCGUCCUAUUCCAUUUCCAUCUCUGCCAGUCGCGCGCGCCACUAGUGCCGGUAGCUUCGGCCUCGCGUUCUUCUGCCCCCUCUCUCGCGGUUCCUCCUCGCUGCAGAGGACCGGCGCGGCAGGCGGCGUUAUUGAUAGUGCCGGAGAGGGCUCAUCGGAAGAACCGGUCGCUGGAUGGCUCAGCGCAGACCUGCUCAGGCGGAUAUCAGGCGCGGCGGACGCGGACCGGGUCCUGGACAUUGUUGCCGAGUCAGUUGAAGGCGCGGGUGCCGCUCUGGGCGCGCCCGAGUGCAACGCGAUCGUCUCCGCCGCUUUUGACCGUGGCAACAUCGCGCUCGCUCUCUCGGUCUUCGAAGCCAUGCGGUCCGGUUUCGCGGGAGUUGGAGGCUGGAGGUGGGCAAGGCCUGAUGUGAGGACUUAUGCGUUGCUUGUACAGCGGUUGGCGGCCGCCCCGCGUGUUGCUGAUGCAAUCAUGAUAAUUGAUUAUGUGUCUCGCGCAGGUGCUUCUUCUAUGGAUGAGGUUCCUUUCGGAAUCAUUGUUCGCUGUCCAACCUGCAUGAUAGCAGUUGCUGUUGUGCAGCCUCAGGAUGGAACUCAGGUUGUUUCCUGUUCAAAGUGUCGAUAUCAAUAUGAAUUAUUUUCUGGAGACAUUACGAGUAUUGAAUCCGAAGAAGUUAGCAUGGAUAUUUCAGCCCUGGAGAAAGCCUUGAGAUUUAUUAAUAUGAGGAAAGAUGGUAUUCCAGCUGCUGUCCACUCUAUUGUGCUUUAUCUUUUAUUUCUGUUGCAGAUCCGCUCACCUUCAGGAACAGCACGUACUUACAGAUUUGCUACCCAGAAUGUAACUCUUCCUGCUCAAGAAGGAGAAAGGGUUACCAUUUCCUUGGCGGCCCCAGUUAACGUUUACCGUGACAUGGGACCCCUCAAGGUUGCUGCGCGCUCACAAGGAUUUAAACCUGGAGAACCUAUGUGUCUCACUAAUCACAUCAAUGGGCAAGUCUCGAAGUUGCUAAGAGCUCCAUCAAAGAACAAGGGAACAUUUUUCCUUAGCCCAUAUUUAUUGGUCGGUGCUCUUGCCUUCCUUGCAUCUACAGAUGCUGCUUCCGCAUUCAUUGACCCAAGUCUUCCUAGACUUGUUACAGCAACUGCCAUUGCAUCAGCUGCCAUAGGAACAACACUAAAUGGAGUGGUCCUGCCAAAAAUUCAAAAGCUUCCAGAAAAAGCAGUGGAUAUAGUUGCUGUACAGCAAAAGCUUUUGUCUCAGUAUGAUAUUCUUCAGAGUCGUCUUAAGGAACUGAAACAGUUUGCUCAAAAAGAGGUGUGGAUGCUUGCGCGGAUGUGUCAGUUGGAUAACAAGAUAGUAGCAGUUGGUGAACCAUCUUAUCGUACUAGACGAGAUAGAGUAAAGAGGGUUCGGGAAAGCUUGGAAAGCACACUCCUGGCAAGGAUUGAGCUAAUGGAAAGUUAUGCAAAACUGUGCUCAAUGAUCGAAAUUGAAGUUGAGAUGGACUCUGAUGUUAUAGCUGCUGAAGCGGCAAGCAGUGCAGAGAGAAUAUCUGAGCAGAUACAACAAUUAAUGGAGAUCGAUAGUCUUGAAGAGCAAUGGCGUAUACAAGCUGAGGCUAAUGAUGAAGCAGAAAGGCUUCUUAGUUCAGAUUCCUCAGAAACAUAUCCUGCUGGACGUGUAAUGUAAUAUAACUCUGUUAGUGCGCAGGCAUUAUUCUUUAUUUUCUAUUUAGUUGUUUAUCUCUCUUCAAUUUAAAUGUUCUCCCUACCAAAGUACAAACAAAACCUCUAGUUAGACUUGUCAAGGAAAAUAAUGCCAGAAAAUUAGAAAAAUAGUGGAACAACAUGAUAAUAGAUAGAUCAUAUCAUUACUACACAAAAUAGAGUGUCACAUUCGUUAAUAAUGGCAGGCUACCACUAGAGACAAGUGCCCGCCGAGAUAAGUGGUUGUCCGCGUUAAUGGUUAACAGAGGAGGUCAAGUUAAUUAAGAAAAUUGUCUUAUUUUUCUGCACAUAAAGAAAUAAGGUCCCGUUUGUUUCUUUUCAUUUUGAGGAAUUAGAAUCUUACUAAUAGAAUAUGCUAUUUUUUAAGAAUGUGACAUUUCACCACUUUCUAAAGUUAUCAUAUAAGCUUAUCUCAAAUUCAUGAGUGAGAGAUGAAAAUUGAUUCUAUAGAUUUGCAUGCUAUUUUUCCGAUGUACAACUUAUAACACAUUCUUAUACUUGCUUCGCUAUAACAUAAAUGUAGUAUAUAACUACCUCUCUCAUAUAAUUUAGAAUAAUAUACAAAUAUAUUACAUAUAUAAAUAUAUGAAUUUAAUUAGUUUUGUCUAAAUAAUAAUUAUUAAAAUGGAAUUUAAUUCCAACGAAAUAAACAGGUCCUAAGUGAAAUUGUUGGAAAUACUAAGGUCAUGUUUGUUUACCCUUAAUUCGAAGUUGAAUUGAGAGGCAUCCCAGUUCAUCCCUGGUACAUGGCGACUCUGGAAACUCUCCUUGUCGAAUGGUGUGUUCAAGGAAGUUGCCUGGUGCUCCAGCCCAAAAUCCAUUCCAAAGAGGCUUGAUCUCAAGAUUUUGGAACCAUUGAUGAUAUUGCUGCGGAGGGUCUGCGUCUGCGCUGUUCAUUAUCCAAUCCAAUAAUAGUAACGUCAGUAAAUAUCUUCGAUCGGCCAGGAGAUCAACCGUUCCCCCCUUCAACACUCCGUAGAAGGACGACGGUGACCGAAGUAAACAGCGAAGAUGUCGGCGAUCCAGAAGAACGACCCUUGCUGGCGUCCCAUUUGAAGGCUGUGCGGCUGGGCCCGUGUCAGCGGACCACCUCGGUUGCAGCGGGCGGGUCGACCGGGUUGCCGGUUCAUGCGCAGUUAACUAACAGAGGGGCGGAUUACUUGUGGGGCAUGGACAUCCCGGGUCAUCAAGGCAUAUGCUUGCUUAA